AUGGCUCCGUCGCUGGAAGAGCCCGUGGCCCCAACCCUGGGACACUUCACCGUUCCGAGGAAGGAGACGGUGGGUGACAACAAGUUUGGCUAUGUUCCCGGCCGCACAGCCGUGGCUCAGCAUGUCGACUACCCGCACGAGGACCUCCUUCCUUCUUUCCCCGAUAUUCAUUGGGCGCCUUUAGAGUACACCCCUUACCAGGAUCGGGGUCUUCGAGGUGACCCCAAGUUCCGUAACCUCCUUCAAGACGCUACCGCUGUCUUUGACUACAACCCUAAAAUCGGGACGGAGAUCCAGGGCGUUGACCUGGCUAAGCUCAAUGACGCCCAGCGGGAUGACCUGGCCCGUCUGAUUGCCUAUCGAGGUGUCGUCUUCUUCCGCGCGCAACAGAACUUUGAUAUCGAGGCACAGCGGGAGCUAGGGAAGUACUUUGGGAAGCUCCACAAGCAUGCAACAACAUCCGUCCCCCGGAAGCAAGGUCUUGAAGACGUCCACGUUGUAUACACUGGCGACAACUCCGGUGACAACCGUGCCUUAUUUACUCCCAGUUUCCUCUGGCACUCUGAUGUCACUUAUGAACUGCAACCUCCUUCUUAUACUUCAUUGAAGCUUCUCACUGGCCCACCCCGGGGAGGAGGCGGCGACACGCUCUGGUCGUCGCAGUACGCCGCAUACGAUGUGCUCUCCUCGCACAUGCAAACCUAUCUCAAGGGCCUGACAGCUCGGCACUCCGCAGACAUGCAAGCGAACGACUCGCGAGCCCUUGGGCGACCCGUCCGCCGGGACCCCGUCACGACAGAACAUCCUCUGAUCCGAACGAACCCUGUCACAGGCUGGAACGCGCUGUUCUUCAACCCGGGCUUUGUCACUACCAUCAUCGGAAUCCCCCAGGCCGAAAGCGACGCCAUAAUCCGGUAUCUCACCGACGUCGUUGCCACGACGCAAGAGAUGCAUGCGCGGUUCUCCUGGGGCAAGGAUGAUGUUGCCCUUUGGGAUAACCGAACUACGACACAUACCGCUUCGCAUGGUUUUACGCCGCACCGUCGUCAUGCAGUGCGAGUCGCUGUCCACGCUGAGCGUCCGGUGCUGGAGGAAUCGGGCAAGUCGCAAGAGGAAGACCUUAAUGCUUUGUAUGGACUGCCGGCAGUCAACAAGGAUGGGGCCCGACAGUCGAACUACAAUGACUGA